AUGAUUACCGAAUCUCGCUCAUUCGCAAUGAGAACAACACGAGUUGUGACGCCGUCCGAUCUCUGGGCAUCUCGUUUGUCCUCCCUCGCCCUCGUCGUCGUUCUCUGCUGCGCCACCGCAACCCAUGCUGCCACGACCACGGUCUGGGCCACCCCUCACGACAGCUACUCAUCCUCGAUCGGCGUCCUCGGUUGCAAAGUCAACACGGACCGCAUCGCCUACUGGCCCGGCUCAGUCGACUGCAACAACCUCUGCGUCUCGCUCAAGUACGGUGACCGCAAGGUCAAGCUCCUGCGCAUCGAUCAAUCCGAGGGCGCUCACGACGUCAGCUACGAUGCCUGGAACUAUCUCACCACAGGCCACGGUGCCAACGACCGACCGGCCGCCGGCGGGCCCAUCGAGAUGCAGACGGAGGAUUUGCAUGCUUCCGAGUGCAAGGAUCUGAUCAAAACAAAGGGCCACAAGCUUCCGCUGUCGGCGGCCAACAGCAUGAACUUUUUGGCGAGCUGCCUCGACCACAAGGACGGCAGCUGGGUAGCCGAGAACCACAUUCUUUACAACAUCCUCGACCCGAUUUGCAUUUGGGGAUACGACGAGCCGUGCGAGCUGGACUGGCCGAAUGCGAACCAGGCACAAUGCAAGCAUACGUUGGGCGAGCCGAAAAGGCUGAGGGAUCACCCGGUUUACGAUAUCAAGUAUCCGUCGGGUGAUAAGGUAGACGCCGCGUCGGGAGAGGUGAUGAAGGCGGGAGGGACUCCGUGGGGAGAUGUGGGCGGGACUGGGCAAGAGAAUGCCGCUGCUAGAGGUCUGUUUGGGACCGCCGGUUCAGCGACGCUUUUGUUUGUUUGGAUCAUGACUUUGAUGAGCUACGGGGCUUUAUGUUGGAUAUGA